AUGGCGAUCUCAGAUCUUCUCAAUCGGCGCGUGCGGGCACUACCGGAGGAAGACGAAGAGAUUUACUCCAACGAAUCAGGGUCUGAAACGGGCGACCAGAGCGGAGGCUCCAGAGAUUCAGGGUCAGACGAUGAGAAUGAAAUUGCAUCAGAGGAAUUUGAUGAUAUGUCAAAUGGCCCCAAGUCCGGCAACUCAGACGAAGACGAUGAGGAUAACCAAGACAGCGAUGAUGGCAGCGGAGACGACGUCCAAGCCUCUCUCAGCAGCAUAUCUUUUGGCGCCCUAGCCAAGGCACAAGCAUCUUUGGGUUCCAAGAGCAAGCGCAACCCCAAGACAUCCAAGUUAGCAGAAGAAUCUCCCUCCACUGCUUCCCCAUUAGAUGAUAUUCGUGCGCGAAUCCGCGAAGCUCGGGAGCAGAAACGACAAGGGUCCUUCAAACCCAGAGACUCCGAAAAACAGUCGCGGUCCUCCAAACAUGCUCCCACAAUCCAAUCAUCGAAACAUGCUGUCUCCCGCAAGCGAACUAUUAUCGAGCCCCCAUCUAUUCCCAAGUCACGAGAUCCGCGAUUUGACCCGACAGUGAUGAGUCAUAAUAGCCGUUCUAAUCCUGAAGCCGCCGAAAAGGCUUACGCAUUCCUGGAUGAUUAUCGCGCCGCAGAACUAAAAGAUCUGAAGGAACGGCUCGCUAAGACAAAGAACCCCGGUGAGAAAGAGGAGCUGAAGUAUCUUAUCCGGUCUAGCUCUGAUCGCCUCCGUGCAAUGGAAAAUAAAAAGCGUGAGAAAGAGAUAUUAGCAGAUCACAAGAAACGGGAGAAACAGCUUAUCCGGGAAGGAAAGAAGAGCACCCCGUAUUUCAUGAAGAAGUCUGAUCUGAAGAAGCAAGUGUUACUCAAGAAAUACGAAAAUAUGAACUCCAAGGAUCGAGCUAAGGCUUUAGAGAGGAGACGGAAGAAGAUGGCCUCCAAGGAAAGGAAAGAGAUGCCGUUUGAACGAAGGCGGGGUGAAUCUAUGUCCUUCAGUGACGGAGAGGGCAGAAAACGUCGGCGAGUAGCGUAG